AUGGCGGCGGCGGGUCCCUCGCAGCCUCAGGCCGGGGCCGCCGCCGCUGCAACCGCUGCCCCUACGGCGGCAGCGGAGGAGUCGUCGGACAGCGAGCCCGAGCAAGAGCCCGGAUCCCCGCAGAAACUUAUUCGCAAGGUCUCCACGUCUGGCCAGAUCCGGCAGAAGACAGUCAUAAAAGAGGGCAUGCUGAUGAAACAGACCAGCUCGUUUCAGCGCUGGAAGAGACGAUACUUCAAGUUACGAGGACGAACUCUGUACUAUGCAAAAACAGCAAAGUCAAUAAUUUUUGAUGAGGUGGAUCUGACAGAUGCCAGCGUGGCAGAAUCCAGCACUAAAAAUGUCAACAACAGCUUCACGGUUAUUACUCCAUGUCGGAAGCUUAUCCUAUGUGCUGACAACAGAAAAGAAAUGGAAGACUGGAUUGCAGCACUGAAGACUGUGCAGAAUCGGGAACAUUUUGAAUCUACCCAGUACAGUAUGGACCAUUUCUCAGGGAUGCAUAACUGGUACGCCUGUUCCCAUGCUCGGCCAACAUACUGCAACGUGUGUCGGGAGGCAUUAUCUGGGGUUACAUCUCAUGGACUGUCCUGUGAAGUGUGCAAAUUUAAAGCCCACAAGCGAUGUGCUGUACGGGCAACCAAUAACUGCAAGUGGACAACGCUGGCAUCUAUUGGAAAAGAUAUCAUUGAGGAUGAAGAUGGGAUUUCAAUGCCACACCAGUGGCUUGAAGGAAACCUCCCUGUGAGUGCCAAAUGCACAGUGUGUGAUAAAACUUGUGGCAGUGUCCUGCGCUUGCAAGACUGGCGCUGCCUCUGGUGCAAAGCCAUGGUACACACCUCAUGUAGAGACUUGUUACCAACCAAGUGCCCACUUGGCCUUUGUAAGGUAUCCGUCAUCCCCCCUACGGCUCUCAACAGCAUUGAUUCAGAUGGUUUCUGGAAAGCCACUUGUCCCCCGUCUUGCACAAGCCCUUUGCUGGUCUUCGUCAACUCAAAAAGUGGAGACAACCAGGGUGUAAAAUUCCUACGAAGAUUCAAACAACUGCUGAAUCCUGCACAGGUCUUUGAUCUCAUGAAUGGAGGACCUCACCUCGGUUUACGUCUAUUCCAGAAAUUCGACACAUUCCGAAUUCUGGUGUGUGGUGGGGAUGGAAGCGUUGGGUGGGUUCUCUCUGAAAUUGACAGCCUCAGUCUCCACAAGCAGUGUCAAUUAGGAGUGUUACCUCUGGGUACCGGCAAUGACCUUGCUCGUGUGCUGGGCUGGGGAUCUGCUUGUGAUGAUGACACCCAGCUCCCGCAGAUACUGGAAAAGCUUGAAAGGGCCAGUACCAAAAUGCUUGACAGGUGGAGCAUCAUGGUGUACGAAACAAAACUCCCUCGUCAAGCAUCCACUUCAACAGUUGCUGAAGAUUUCAGUGAAGACUCUGAGGUGCAGCAGAUUCUCUUCUAUGAAGAUUCUGUGGCUGCUCAUUUAUCCAAAAUCUUGACAUCUGACCAACAUUCAGUGGUCAUCUCAUCAGCUAAGGUGCUCUGUGAGACUGUGAAAGAUUUUGUGGCUCGGGUAGGGAAGGCUUAUGAGAAAGCAACGGAAAGUUCUGAAGAGUCAGAAGUUAUGGCCAGAAAGUGUUCUGUUUUGAAAGAGAAGCUGGACUCUCUUUUGAAGACACUGAAUGAAGAAUCUCAAGCAUCAACUUCUCUGCCAAACCCACCGCCUACCAUUGCCGAGGAGACAGAAGAUGGUGAGGGUUCUGGCAGUGUUUGUGAUUCCUCUAGUGAACGUUCGGUGGGAUCAUCUUGCACCACCCGUCCUCAGAUAUUCCGGCCACGUGAACAGUUAAUGCUGAGAGCGAACAGUCUGAAAAAAGCCAUUCGUCAGAUUAUAGAGCAUGCAGAAAAAGCUGUAGAUGAACAGAAUGCUCAAACCCAAGAACAAGAGAGCUUUAUCCUGGGCCUCUCCACCUCCGAAGAGGGGAAGGAACUGAGGAAUGAGAAUAAAACCUCCCUGCAAUCUUCACACACUGGCAGCUAUGGAUUUCCAAAAGGGAGGAGCCAUCGGAAAGUGAUCAAGUCUCCUUGUGAAAGAUUAAUAAGUAAAGGAGGUUUAUCAGUGGGAAGCUCUGCCUCUCUCCCUCCCCAGGCAGGAACCCGGGACAAUCUGCCAAUGCUGAAUGCAAAGAUCCUCUUCCCCAAUAUUCGGGCUGGGGCAUCUGGCUCUCUACCUGGAGGAUCUGUUAUCAGCCGGUUGUUGAUCAAUGCAGACCCAUUUAACUCUGAACCUGAAAAUCUUGAUUGUUACAUAGAGAAAUGUGUAAUGAACAACUAUUUUGGAAUUGGAUUGGAUGCAAAAAUCUCUUUGGACUUCAACAACAAGCGUGAUGAGCACCCAGAAAAGUGCAGAAGUCGUACAAAAAACAUGAUGUGGUACGGAGUUCUUGGGACUAAGGAGCUGCUACACAGAACUUAUAAGAACCUGGAACAGAAAGUUUUGCUAGAGUGUGAUGGGCGCCCGAUCCCUUUGCCUAGUCUUCAAGGAAUUGCUGUCCUCAACAUCCCCAGUUAUGCUGGAGGGACCAACUUCUGGGGAGGCACCAAGGAAGACGAUACAUUUACAGCUCCGUCUUUUGAUGACAAGAUUCUCGAAGUGGUAGCAGUGUUUGGUAGUAUGCAAAUGGCUGUCUCCCGUGUAAUUAACCUUCAGCACCAUCGGAUUGCCCAGUGCCGGACAGUGAAGAUAGCAAUCCUGGGAGAUGAGGGAGUUCCUGUGCAAGUUGAUGGGGAGGCCUGGAUCCAACCGCCAGGAUAUAUCUGGAUUGUGCAUAAAAACAGAGCACAGACAUUAACCCGUGAUAGGGCAUUUGAGAACACCCUGAAGUCCUGGGAGGACAAACAAAAAUGUGAGCUUCCCAGACCGCCAUCUUUCUCGCUGCACCCAGAGACGAUAUCUGAAGAAGAGUCCACUCAGAUCAAUCAGUUUUGCCGAGCAGCAGGAGCUCUGAUUCACAGCAUUCGAGAAAUAGCUCAGUCGUACCAGGACAUGGAACAAGAACUUGCUCACGCAGUCAAUGCCAGCUCCAAAUCUAUGGACCAAGUGUAUGCCAAAUCCAAAUCUGCAGAGGGCCUAAACUGCAACCUUGUUGUGGAAAUGAUGAGUAAUGUUAAAGCCUUGCAUAAUGAGACGGAACUGCUCCUGGCUGGCAAAAUGGCCCUGCAGCUGGAUCCUCCACAGAAAGAGCAGCUUCUGGCAGCCCUGACAGAAAUGGACUUUCAUAUGAGGAAGUUAGUCGAUAUUCCUUGGCUGUGGCAGCUCAUGGAGCCCAGUGAUGAAGAGAACCAGAUGUUGGACUAUUCAAAACGCAGCCGGAGUGGCAAAUUUCGUCUAGUUACAAAGUUUAAAAAGGAAAAGAACAACAAGAACAAGGAAACCCGUAGCAGUCUGGGAUUGCCGGUUCACCUCUGGGGAACGGAGGAGGUUGCGGCCUGGCUUGAGCAUCUCAGUCUUUGUGAGUAUAAGGAUAUCUUCAUCCGGCAUGACGUCCGGGGCUCUGAGCUCCUGCAUCUCGAACGGAGAGACCUCAAGGACCUCGGGGUGACCAAAGUGGGCCAUAUGAAGAGGAUAUUACAUGGGAUCAAGGAACUGAGCAGGAAUAUUCCUGUCAGCGAGGCCUGACUUCUGUUUUCAGAGCCUGUAUAUACCAUUCCCACUGAUGUCUGCAAAACUGACUCCUCAAGAAGCGGAUUUUCUCAGAAUUGUUUGAAUGGACCUGCCAAACAUUUGCCAGUGUUCAGAGCUCAUAUCUAACAUCAUGGUGCUACCUUUCUGUCAUGAGGUACAGCACUAUCCAAUCAAGUGGCACUUUGCAUUCCAAAGCCAGUGUUAUUUGCUAUCACCAGCCACCCCUUCCCUAUCUUUACACUGGAAUGGGGACACUCCAUUCAUGCUAGCAUCCUUCCAGCCAAUCUCAAUAAAACAGCCUGUGGAUUAGCAAAUUUUGUGCACAGCUGAAUACCCCAGCUAGGCACAGAAGCCAAUAUUUUAAACUAUCCUAUAUUCUGAGUAUUGUGCCAAAUAUUAAGAGACACAUGCACACAAAACUGUAGAAAUGGUUUAUUGGGGUGGGAAAGGGUGUGUGUAAGAGAAAUACAUGGGGUGGUUUAAAGAAUAAAUUCACCAAAAUUCACACAGUCUUUGUACAAAGCACCAACUUGAUUGACAUUAGGAACCGAUUCUUCUCAGUUAGUGCCCUUUCCAUGGGCCAGAGAGAUAUACAAGUCCAGAGUCUUUUUCUGCCCUCUACAAGUCUAAAACCGUGUCAUCUUCUUGCUCUGUAAUGCUUGUAAAUGCCAAAAGAAUGGGACUACAUCUUCUUGUUCGGGCUUGCACCAAAUGCUUACAACAUCAAGUGCCUACAAAUACUGAAAUAUCCCAGAAGCACAUCCAGGGUGGGAGAAUUUUCGGAUUCCUGUUGACAUUGGGUUUUUCAGUGCAAUGCCUCUGAUUCUAACAAGUUAAAGAAAGUGAAUAGCAUUGGCGUUUCUGGAAACACUUCUGGAAGAUAACCUACUGUUGAAGCUUGGGUCCUUCUGUGCAUAGGUUUAGGCAGGGUAUAAUAUUUAUUUACUUUCAGUGGCCGUUUCCCAAAUUUUAUGAAGCGAGAGCAUCAUUGUUUGAGAUGUAUACCCUUUUUUCUCUGUUUUAAGAGAACCUUGGCCAAAUUCCUUAUUAGUGUAACUUUUCUGAAUUCCUCAAAAUUUGUCCUGGUUGAAAAUUACUCCUUGGCUUUAAGUCUAGUAUUGUUUCCUUCUGAUACUUCUUUUACAACAGAGGAUGAUGUGGUCUUAUUUAUAAAAAACAACAGUUAAAUCUGUAAUAUAAAUUUUUAUGUAUAGAUGGGGGGGGGCGCUCCUUAAACUUGGGCCCAACAUCCCUGGCUCUGUUCCAUUAUCAUUGUGUGCAGGGAUGUUUAGCCUUAAAGGUACAGAUUACUUACGUUAUUAUGGAUUCCCUGCACAUAGUGGAGGAUUGUGAAUUUCAAGACACAUGCUGUUAAACAAGGUUGCUCACCCUCUCCGUGUUCAUUUAUUGGGAUACUAAUAAAGUUCUGUGCAAGACUUGACAAUAGACCACCAUUAAAUAGAAGAUAGUAAAGAUUAUUUCUGCACUUUAUUACUGGUGAUAACCAUAAGGUAGCCUCUCCCAUUUCCUGGUGAACACCUCAGGGAAAAGAAUCACUGUGUAAUAACUUUGGGGAAAGAUAUUUUGGAGGAGGCAUUUCUAUUCCUUUAAUUGUAGAAGUACUAGCAAGGCUUGCUCUUGUGCAUCUCCCGAAAAAUCUCAUGUGGAAUUAUUUUUUCGUGAUUGGUCUUGCCCUAAGAGGGAGUAGACUCCUUCAGCUCAAAUGCAUAGGAGGAAUUUUGCAUGUAUUGUAGUGAGGGGGCAUCAUCAUCAUCUGGUAAUAUCUGCUCUCUGCAGUGAGUUCUGAAUUCUGUAAUGGCCGGUUCUCUCUCUGUGAACACUCUACACAUGUGAUCCUACUUGCAGCACAUUUCAGCAUAUUGCUUUGGAAAGAUCACUUGGCAUCUUGGACCUGACCAUUAGAAAAUGUUCCUUUUUUCUGUUGGCCUAGAAAAUGAGACUUGUGUUUUUGAGUUGAAUGCCUUUGGAUUCAUAACAAAAGCUGAUUUAGGCCUAAAGCACAUCCUAAACAUUUUAUGUGCCACAGUCUCUUUUGUGCACCACGUACAUUGUGAAAAGAUGUCAGCACAACAUUGUAGCAAAGCAGUGAAUGUAUAGCUACCAUGGAGUUGUGUCUAGUAGUGUUAAUGGAAAAUGUCUGCUGCUAAGCAAAAGUCAUUAAAAAUGAUGGUUGAGAAAGGCACACUUAACUGUGCCAUGGCAAGCUAGACGUUGCACCUUGGGGACUUUAGAAUUUCAAGCAUAUCUUUUAUGAUUUUUAUAAAAGAUGGACUUAAUGCAUAAAGUAAACUUAUUUCCUGGACACCAAUUAUUUUACACCUUUGAAAUAUAUUUUGAAUUGGAAGGAGAAUGGUAUUCUCCUUGGGGGAAAAUAACAUAAUUUUGGAUGUCUUGUGCCCUUUUUUGCGUGGCACUACACUGGAAUAUUACCUGCUUGUAUCUUCUGUUGGGUCCAUUGCAUUCACUGGGGAUGUAUUCAAUGUAAGUAAAAGAAGAAAUAUAUCCAAGACAGUGUAAUCCUAAACACCUUUGGAAAAAGUAACAUGGUCUAGUGUUUGUGUGUUUUUAAAUCUGAAGUUGCUGUUUAGUGCCCAAAGUAUCCACCUUCAGUUCAAUGCAGCUAGAAGACACAUACAUGAAUGUGCAGCACAGUCAUAUGCAUGUUUAGUUGGAAGUAUUUUCCAUUGAAUUCAUUGGUGCUUACUCCCAAAUAAGAAUGCCUAGGGUUGCAGCCAAAGUUACUUAUUAUGUUCCAUUCUAGUGGAUAUAUUCAUCUUGUUAGUCUGUGGAUGAUCAAGAAGUAAAAAUGCCACUAGCUCUUGCAUCUCUAAUAGGAAACGUAAAGAAGUAUUGUGCCAGUAUCUUGAAAAGCUCUGACCAUCUAUAUCACACUAAAAUUGUUCAAGUAUUGUUUAAAAAUUAAUAUAGUAUGAGUGAUAAUGGAAAGACUGUUUACACAAAGUUCCUUGUAUCUUAAUGGACGUGUGAUGUAAAAAGAAAAGAAAAGCAAGAAAAUUGUUUUUAUAUGUCAUUUGAUGUCUGUAUUGUUGCCCACCAAUGGCUGUUCCUCAGGGGUGUUGUAACCAUUCUGGUGAUCUGUUAAAAGCAUAGGGAAGCAUUUCAGUCCUGUACAGUCUUGGGAAGAAGGUUUUGUGCCUUAAGAAUGGGACCUGUUAUUUAUUAUUUUAAUUUAUACAGUAAUUACUAGGGAAACACCUCUUGUAUGUACAUAUUUUGCAACUGACUGGUGUAAAUACAUUGUUCUUGUAUAUAAAG